AUGAGCUCUCUAGGACUCUUUAUUGCUGAUUAGAAAGAUCUAAACUUGCUUAAGGUUUUCAUUCUCCCAAGAGCUAUAGAGGCAGUAUAUAAUCUUUUAGUGGAAAAGAAAAUUAUCACCCCCAUAAAAUAUGGCACUCAACUCAUGACUAUUGGAUCUCUUUGGGUUAUAUCGUAUAACUUCUUGAAUGAAACCCACAAUCUUACCCCAUCCUUUAUGAAAACUCUUUACACUUACAGUAACAAAACCUAAGGUGAAGGUUAUUUGUUAGAUGCAAUGAGAACUAACGUAAUAAAUGAUUGCAAAGUAUACUAUCCAAAUCACAAAUUCACUUGA